GUCUCCAUCAAUAAGUCCCAAGGCCAAUCUGUGCGCUACGUGGGCAUCGACUUGCGGAGCCCCGUUUUCUCCCAUGGCCAGCUCUACGUCGCCCUUUCUCGCGCAACGUCACAGGAACGCGUCAAAGUCCUCCUCUCUGCUGACAGUGUCGAAGAUCGAACUCUGAAUAUUGUGUACUCGGAAAUU